UAAACGGUACCAACGAGGUGGUCAAACCUCUGCCGUAUAUGGUUAUCGGAUAAAACAGAACAGCAGAAAGUUUAAAGCUCAUGAAAGUCUCAGAAUGAAUGGGACAGCGUACUCCAACUUUGACAAUCAAGAACAUGUACUGAAUCUGGGAGAGACGUUUGAGAAACACCCUAGAAGUGCCUACCAUACAGUGCGAUAUGACUUCAAACCAGCCUCAAUUGAUACAACAUGUGAAGGGGAGCUUGAAGUGGGCAAAGGAGAGCAAGUCACUAUUACUUUACCCAAUUUAGAGGGUUCAAGUGCUCCAGUAACAGUCUUCAAGGGAUCCAAGAGGCCAUACAUGAAAGAGUGCAUCCUCAUUGUGAACCAUGACACAGGAGAGUACAGACUGGAAAAACUCAACAGCAACAUAGCUGUGAAGAAGACCAGAGCUGAGGGCAGCAGCAAGAUCCAUUCUCGCCUGGAACAGCAGACCAGCCGCCUGAGCCAGCAGAUGAAGAGUAACCACAACAGCAGCAGCAGCAGUAGCAGCAACAGUAACAAGACCUCAGCCAGCUCUAAGAGUUCUCCUCCCAAAGAGAAGACAUCUCCAGCAUCCCCCAUGGACGACAUUGAAAGAGAACUGAUGGCGGAGGCGCAGGUCAUGGACCAGCUGAGCACCAGCGACAGCUCCUCAGACUCCAACAGCUCCUCGUCCUCCAGCAGCGAUGACAGCUCCAGCAGCAGUGACUCAGAAGAUGAACGGACCCCUGCGCCGCCCUCGGCCCCGGCCAACCACAGCAUGCCUAUCAUCAACACCAGCAGUCGGCAGCAGGAAAGUGGAGGGCUCAUGAACACACUCAAGAAUGACCUCCAACUGAGUGAAUCAGGCAGUGAAAGUGAUGACUGAGCAACAGGAGGACAUCUGCCUUCCUGUGGACACCAGGGAGAUUUUCAGUGAGGUGUAAAGGACCCAGACACAGACUAGUCAGUGUCUUGCUUCCUUUAACAUAGGACUGUCUUCUCUACAUAUCCACAAUUCUGCUAGCAAAUAUAAUUUGUUGCUUCUUUGCCAACAAACUUCAAAUUUUACGUCUCAUUUAUUGCUUCAUGAGCUGUAUUUUUUUUUUUGUAUGUGACGACUAUGUGUUGAAGAGAUGCCUUAGUUCAGAGAGAGACGUGAUGUGGUUGGUGUAAGAGAAGCAGUAAACUAUGCAUAAUGUUUCAUCUCAGUGGAUGUAGAUGUGUGGUUAAACUGACCAAGCAUAUCAGAGGCAGAACGACAGCAAUGCUCUCGUAGUGUAGAUGAAUGUCGUCUUAAACCACCACUGCAGUUUCUGUGUUUCAGCUUAGUAAUAUUAUAUUAUUGUGCCUAGGUCAGAUGUUGGCCAAUAGCUUCAGUUCAUUUUCAAGAGUCUCAGCUGCAUUAGUUUUUGAUUGGAGACGAACUGUAAUAACAGAAAUGACUUUUUUUUUCUUUUAGGUUGAGCCAGAUGUGACAGAGUGCUUUUGUCUUAUAGAGUGAUUAUAAAAUGAACUGUAGAGCGUUUAGCUUUGGAUAAGUGAAAGACAGCUGCAGGACAACAAAAAUCCACUCAUUUAAAGUUUCUUCUGUUAUUAUUAUUAUUAUUAUUAUUAUUGGCACUUUUCAGGCAGUGGAACAAGCUGGAAACAUAACAUUAGUAUAUUAUCACCUGAGACAUUUGUUAUUGAGAAAGUGGAGCGAGCAGUAGCUUAUUUACACAUCCAGAAGUCCUGAAUCAACAUCACCAUUCAUUUGUAUUGUAUUUGCAGUUGUAUUUCAUGUCCGAUAUUCACUUUUUUUUUCAUUCUGUUUUGGUCUUCACCAACCCCUUCAGACAUAUAUCUGGUUCUUUAGCUGCUAGAUGCUCCAGUAUGUUCACCACAUAAUUGCUAACUUAGUCUGUGUGCUGUUUGACCCUAGGCUGGUGGUGUACAUUGAAUCUAUCAGAGCUCUGUGGCAGAAAACAGCUGUCGGCUGCGACUGGAAACAGGUUUUCUGUCAGCGCAGUUUGUCGGCCAGAAAACCAAAACAGUGAGCUGAUAAAUGGUUCGACGCCCUCUAGAGCUUAAGAGGAGAGGCUGGUGAUAAUUAUCUGUGGCUUCAUAAGUUCAGGGGACUCCUUUUUCAUUUCAUCUAGUCCUUUUAUUCAUUGUUUAUAUGAAAUAUUGAUUACUGCAGAAUUAAGAUGUCUCCCACGCCCUGUUUAUUGAUAUUUCAGUACAGAAGUUGGUCUGAUUCAUGGCUAAAUAGUGCACUAGGGCUCAGUUGACUCAGUUAGGGUCGUGCUUUGUAGCUUUAAACCUGCAAUACUUGAAUCUAAUUAUUUAUGUUUCAAAAUAUACUCGACCAAUGGUGAAUUGCUUAAUAUAUUUAAUAUAUAUUUUAAUAGCCAAGCGAUUGGGAGUGUGAGUUAGUGUGAACUAUACUGCGAAACAAGCCAGAUGCUUUGAUACCGCACCUCAGAUCUCAGAGUCUUACAGAACUUCAUGUGCCUUUUGUUAUUUGUCUUUGCCAGUCGUAACAUAUGUAGUCUUCAUGUUUUGUCACAAGCCCCAUAUCACUGCUGAGCUGUCUCAGCAAACAGGAAGCUGCUGUUUACGUUGCAGCCAGCCGACGGAUCCGGUGAGAGAGUGAGAGAGCGGUGGCUUCUCAGCAUCAUUUGUAAAACUAUUUGAAAGUAAUUUGUUUGUAGAAGAAUAAAGAUUUUAAUUGUU